AUGACUGAACUCUCAAAGCUUUUUGGCAGCGAUAAGUCUAGUGAUUUAUUUUCUGGGACUCCUUUUGAACCUCCAAAGCCUAUAAAACCUAUAAUUCCUGAAGAAACCCCUGAAGCGCCACAAAAAGAUGAAAAGUCAAGGGAAGAUCGGCUGAUUUUUGUAGGGAACGUCGACAUUUCCACCAAGAAAAAGCAAAUUAAAAAGCUUUUUGGCCAAUACGGCGAGAUAGAAAAAGUGUGAGAAAGAAGUGUCCCUGUUGAAAGGGGAAAACUCCCAAUAAAAGCUGCGGUUGCCCUGAAAAUGUACAAAGAUGGAGCCUCAGCUUGCAAUUUUUAUGUCCUUUACAAAAACCCUGAAGACGCAAAACAGUCCUUGGAUUUAAAUGGGCAAGACUUCAAAGGAUCCCAUCUCAGGGUAGAUUUCGCCGAAAAACCUAAAAAAGAAAUAAAAAACAGUAUUUUUAUUGGAAACUUGGCUUUUGAUACCAAAGAUGAAGAACUAUGGGAAGAGUUCAAAGAAUUUGGAGAAAUUGACUAUGUGCGGAUCAUCAGAGACCAUGCCACACAUAUGGGGAAAGGGUUUGCAUAUGUUGCUUUUAAAGAAAAAGAUUCAGCUGUAAGAGCUUUAUCGAAAAAUAAUGCAGAAUUUAAAGGAAGAAGUUUGAGGGUUCACAAGGCGAAAAGUGACAAACAACUAGAAAAAGAUAAGGAAAAGCCAAAAAAUAUGGGGGCAAUGAGGUUUAGAAAUAAAAGCAAAGAGCUGAAAAAUGCAUAUGAACUGCCUGAAGAAUAUAAAAUGCAAGAAAACGUUCAGAUAAUGGAAGGGAGACCAAAAAACAGAAAAAAGAAUGCUAAGCCAGAUUAUACUGUGAAAAAGAAAAUGAAGAAAGAGCAGAAUAAGUUGAAAGAGAAAAUUAAAAAACGGAAAGAGGAUAGCAAGCCUACAAAGAAAAGUAAAAAGGAUAAAAGUUAA